GCCAUCUUGGAUAAGGGGGGUGAUGGGGGCGCAGUGGAGUCAGCGGAGCUGAACCUGAGGGAGCCCCGGAGAGAGGCGGAGACCCGGCCCGGCCCUCGCCUCAGCCCCGAAGUAGAGCGCUACAGUGCCCGCAGGGGGGGGACCGGGCUGCCGCCGAUAGAGCCACGCUGCACAGCCACCCGCACCCCGCGCCCAGUGCCACAAUGGCAACUGCACCUUACAACUAUUCCUACAUCUUUAAGUACAUCAUUAUUGGGGACAUGGGUGUAGGAAAGUCCUGUUUGCUUCAUCAAUUCACAGAAAAGAAGUUUAUGGCGGACUGUCCCCACACAAUUGGUGUUGAAUUUGGCACAAGAAUAAUUGAAGUUAGUGGCCAAAAAAUUAAACUACAGAUUUGGGAUACAGCAGGACAGGAGAGAUUCAGGGCUGUCACACGAAGCUACUACAGAGGAGCAGCAGGAGCUCUCAUGGUCUAUGACAUUACCAGAAGAAGUACAUAUAAUCACUUAAGCAGCUGGCUGACAGAUGCAAGGAACCUCACCAAUCCAAAUACUGUGAUAAUCCUCAUAGGAAACAAAGCAGAUCUGGAAGCACAGAGGGAUGUUACAUAUGAAGAAGCCAAACAAUUUGCUGAAGAAAAUGGUUUAUUGUUCCUUGAAGCAAGUGCAAAAACCGGAGAGAACGUUGAGGAUGCAUUCCUGGAGGCUGCCAAGAAAAUCUACCAGAAUAUCCAAGAUGGAAGCCUGGAUCUGAACGCUGCAGAAUCAGGUGUACAGCACAAACCAUCAGCUCCGCAGGGGGGGAGACUAACCAGUGAACCCCAGCCCCAGAGAGAAGGCUGUGGCUGCUAGUGACCUCUGUCCCGUGGCUCCAUUUCUGACCCUUCACCUCUGUCUGGUGGAAGUGGUGCUUUUGACUGCUUCCCUGUCUUCUGUACAUCUUAUUGGGUUUAAUUAAAACUCUGAGACAAGUUUAACACAGUACUAAACUGCUAAACAACUUUAGAUGUAAUCAGGUUAUCAAAGGCAAGUAGAGUAAUAAAACCUCUCCUGCAUGGUAAAUCUAGAAGUUUUUUUUUUUUUUUCCUUGAUUGUCCUUGUGAUAGUGUCCACGGAUACAUAAUUUAAACUGAGCACUGAUGCUGGACUCAUGAUUUUACACUUUUUGCAGGGCUUUGUCUUGUACGGUUUCAUUUUAUGGUUCUUUGGCCUUUCUUCCCCACCUCUAACUGUUUAGAGCUGUCCCUAGUAAAGGAUAAGUUUUUUUGCUGUGAAAUGACUUUGGAUGGUAGUGAGGGGCUCUGUAAGGAUGUGCUGUUGUUGAAAGGAUUCCCUGUGGUGUGUGUUGGGGGCCGGGGGGGAUGGGGCUGGCACAGGAGUGUACAACUUGCACAGGAAAACAAUCCAUUCAUUCUUGUGCUCAUAGCUUUACACCAUUUUUUUUGCCACUUUUAUCCUUUCCAUUUGUUAACAGAACGUAAAUAUGUAUAAAAUUUGAAGGAACUGAGCUUAACAGUUAAAUACAUCCUGUGUAUAUGAUUUUAAUGAAGAAAAAUGAUUACUGGCAUUAGCACAGUAUAUAAGAAUUUGUACAGUCUGACCUACAUGUGCCCACCUUGCCCCCUUAGCACAGAAAUUGGUGUGGCUGCCACUCCCUUAGGCUUUAACUCCUUGGUGUUGCCAGUGGCCAUUGUGCUGGGGAGCUCUGGUCCUGAUGCAGAAGUUGAACACUAGUGGAAUCUGUCUCUCAUCUUUGCACUGUGGUUUACUGAUGCUGUUGGAUUAAUCCUGUUCUGUGCAAUCAGCAGUGUGCUCUAACCUGCUUUUCUCUUCUGUAAGCAUUUUGCAUUAUUGGGCUUCAUCACCUGCCUUGCACCCUACCCAAAGGCUGGUUCUCCUGCACAUCUUCUGCUUUUAUACCUUUAACUUUUUGAAUGGUCAGAGGCUGAACUGGACAGCUGGAACAAGGUGUGUGCUCUCUAGGGAUUUUUAACUACUGUUGUAUUUUUUAACAGUCCUGUGUGAGGGUUUCUUUUGAAGGCUUGGCCUUUUUGAUCAAGACUUUUAGAACAUCCUUCAUGGGGUGACACAGAUUUCAAGUGGUGAUCUGUGGAUGUUACAGAGCUUCACGUGAGGUUUGCUGUGCUGUCAGGCUGGAGCCUUUGGCUCUGCACUUGGAAAAACAUCAUGUGGGGCUUAAAAAUGGAAGGGGGCAAGGGCUUAACCAUCAUCAAAAGUCUGACUUUAAUCUUACUGUGGUGUUCAAAGUACAAAGUAGUCUUAAAAUCCCUCUCUAGACACUAAAACUUCAACGUUCAGACUUGUAAGUUAACAGUGGUACCACAGUAUUGUACAGUCAAUGUUAAAUAAAAGCCAAAACUGGAAUGUGCAGACAAUAGGAUUUGGGUAACUUGUGCACUGUCCCUUUGUUUUGUCUGGUUAGUCCUUUUUUUAACUAAGUAGAUGGGUAUGUUCAAGAUCUACAGCUAAUGCAUCCUGCUCAAACCAAGGCUGCACCACAAAGGGUUUGCCCAGGGACCACGACCUGCUGCUGACAUGAAGUAGAUGUUCUAAUGACUACAGCUUGUUGAGGUGCAAUACCUGUACUCCCAGAGUAAGUUACAGUAGGUCUUAUUGUUUCUGUCACAGAAAGGAUCUGUUCAGACUGCUGUACUCCUCAUUUGAUGUAACAAUGCUAUUAAUCUAAAUAUUUGUAAAUAAAGUACCUGUAUCUAGAUAAA